CUUUGAAAUGUUUCCAAUCCGAAAUUUAAGCAGUUUCUGUUACAAAGUGUUCGUGUGUGUGUGUGUGUACACGUGCACACACGCACACACAUGUGUGUGAGUGUGUGUGUGCAUGUGUGUAUGCCUGCCUGUGCCCCUGCCGAGUUUCAAGGUGUGCUUUGAGUGUGAGGAAUAGUGGUGGCAAAUUUUCUAGUUUCAAAAGAAGCUGGCUGUCUCUUGAGCUCAAAAACUCAACCAACACAGAAACCCAAAUUUGGUGGAGAGUAGGAAAAGUCUUAUCUUUACUCUCCAAUGUAAUGCUGGAGAAAUGGUGUGACCGACUUGUCGUGCAUUUUCAUGCUAGAUCUUUACCAACAUUGACGAAUAUUGUUUAAUUUUAUCUCUUCUUAUGGACUUUUUAUUUGUAAUCAGCUUUUGCCAUUUCUGGGAUUUACCAGCUAAGUAUCUUUGUAUUAAUACACUAAUCUAACCAUUUUUUUAAGGUAGAAAACAGGAUCUCAAAGGAGAGCCUAUCGGUUAAGGAGAGGGGAUUUAUUUUACAGGUCUUACUUAAUCGGAUACCUUUGUCCUUUGAAGGGAUUGGCUUUGUUGACAUUGGCUUGACUGGGCUUCUAUGGUUAGGCUUGUUGAUAGAAACAAUACAAGGUGGCUCACACAUUUCAUUUUUUUGAGUGAGAAAAGGUCCUUCUUAAAAACAAAUAAAAACUUGACAUAAUGCUUAUUUGUUGCUAUGAUUGCUAAUAGUCUACUGUUGUCUGAAUUAUUUGUCACCUUUACAAGAGACAUUUUGAUCAAGAUAUUUUUUAAAUCUACUAAUAACAUUUUUAUUUGUUUAGUUAUGUCUUGUGAAGCUACCAUCAAGAAAAUCCCCAAACCACCCAGUUUUCUAUUUAGGGCAUUUAAUUGAACAUGACUACGUGAAAUAAAACAUAUAUGAGAAUCAGAUGAUCAUAGACACGCCUGGUCAUAAAAGUGUAGUGUCCAUUUUCUAAAGUUAAAUUAUCUUCCAGAAUGCCUAUGUUUCUUUUCUUUAUUUCCUUUAAUUCCUUAUCCACUAAAUCUGCUCAAGAAUCCCAGAACUUUAUUGUUAUUUCUGUAUGUUUCCUAAAAAAAACAUUUUGUUAAAUGCUGCAUAUAAUGCUAUUAACAAGCAUUUUUAAAGAUGAAUUUAAAAAGUCAUGUAGUACAGUCUAUUGAGGAAAAACAACAAGCUAAAAUACUUAUUUAGCAUAAUUCUAUGAAAUUAUUUAUUCAUUUAUUUAUAUAUGUUUUAUGGAGAAAAUCAUAUGCACGUGAUUAUAACAUAUACUUUGUCUCUGUAAUGUCUUCCCUUGGAAAGAUAUGUGGGAAGUAUUUAGGUUGUUAAUGUUGUUCAUGUAAUAAUUAUUUUGUGUAAAAUAUCUUUAACUAUUUGGCAACCACAUGAAGAGGCUAUUCCAGGCUGUGCAGGUAAAUCACCUGUAUGUACAGGUGUACAUGCAGGUACAUCAGAGAUUGCAAUAAACUGAGGAGUAACCGGGCUUUGUCUCUGUGUCAGGAUCAUGAGUAAUAUUUACUUCUUAUUUUAGAGUUCAAGAAUGUGUAUAGAUUUUCUGUUGUUGUUUUUUUUUUCUCUUUUCUCUGGCAGUUUUAUGUAUGUUAUGUUUCUGGUAAUAUGUUCCACUGUAAAAGGGUGAGUAUAAAUGCACACAGACACACACACACACACACUUUCAGAAUGAAUAAUCAGUAUAUAUCAGGAAAAUGCAUAAAAUUGUAAACAAGAGCUAUAAUAAAUCAUUUGAAUGUUAUGGUUUGAGGUACAAAAUCAAGUACCUUGAUUCACAAACCUCCUGUAGCCGAGGAAUGCUUGUGACGUCAGUUCUAUCUCGAUUUUCCCCUGUGAGCUCUAUGAAAGCUUUUCAGUGAGCUUUUGCAUUGUUCUCAGUUGAAAUGUUUCCUUGGUAGAUCUACAAAUAGUUCACAUCCAUCUUCUUGGAGUAUUGAAAUGCUUCUACCUUAAAGAAGUUGCAUUUGCCAUAUAAUUAUUAAGUGAAUUUAGUAAUCAGGAGAGAGUUAAUGAUAAGUGAAGGUACUUCAGUUGUUGGCUUUAAAUUAUUUUUGGAUUUUUUUUUUUGUAAUUAUAAAGGAAAGUACUCGGGGGGUAAUUUGCAACUUGAAGUGUGUAGAAGUAAGAGAUUUUGAUAAGUUUAAUAUCUUAUAAAACAAAUCAAAAUAGAUUCUGGAAUCUUCAUUUAUCAAAUGCUCUAACAUCAUUUGGUUUUCUGUGCAAUACCUUGUCACAAUCUCAGCUUGAGUUUAAAAAUUAUUGAAGUAAAUGAAAAAGGCAUUUUGAAAUGUUUAAUAUUGUCUUUGACUUAGCAGUCUUUAUAAAAAGAUUCUGAAGUUCUCUGAAAUAAUACUAAUUAUUGUCAGCUCGGCUUACAAAUAAUCAGAAUAGAAAUGAAAUUUCUAUCAGAAUAGCAAUUUAAUAGAAAUGACUGUAUUCAAAUUAAUGUUAUUGUGCAUUAAACAUAUGGAUGAUUUAAUUUUUUUGGUUAUGAAGAUAAUAAGUAAUAGUAGAUUAUCCUUAGAAUUCCAUCAUGUGCUUUGAAUAGUGGUUUUCUAAUGCCAUGUGGCUAGACGUGACCAUGUCUACUCACAACUUGGAGGGCUAGCCAUAGACAUUGUCAAAGAUUAUUCAUUUUAGUGCUAUUUCCUGUAGGUUUUACACCCUGGUAGCCAAGUAAGGGUACACUUUACAACCUGUAAGCUAUCAGCAACUAUGGUAUUAGGAACCUAUUUUUUCCCAAAUGAAAGUGAAGUUGUUCCAAGGUUAUCUUCAGCUUCAUGUGAACAGAUCUCAAUUAUUUUUUUUCCAACAUAAAAAGCAGUCUCUUCAUUUCAGUCCCAAUGAAAAGUAACCCUACAGAGAAUAAUGUAAAAUUUUAUAUGAGAAGGCUCAUAAUAUUCUCAGGAUUCAUAAAAUAGAAUUAUCUAGGAUAGGAUAAAAUGCUAGAUUUCUUUCUUCUUAUUUUUGAAAAUAUAAAUAAGAUAUAAUAUGGCAACAGGAAUGGGAGUGAAUGCUUUUCGAGCAUUGUAUUUGCUGAGGAAAGGAAGCAACAUUCCCUUGUGUAAUACCUGCAGACUCACAUGUCCCGCUGAAUAGCACGUGGUCAAUCUGUGAUAGUAGUGAAAGGCCAUGACUGGAAGGACAGGAGGGUGACAACUUCCUCCUAGGCAGGCAGCUCCCUGGAAAAUUCCUUAGGCUAAGAUUUUUCCAGAGGCUACCCUUGGACAUAAAAAUGCCCCUUACCUGUAUUCCCUGUCAGAAAGGACAUGCAUUUUCUAUUACAGGGUUAUUAGCAACAGGCAGAGCAGACCCUAGUAGGAAUUGUAAGAGAGGGAAAGAAUCUGUCACUAUCCAGCUGUGUCCCUUAUCCGAUGAGUCCCCCCUCCCUCAGAAACUCAGUCCACAUGAGCUUUUCCCAUUUUAUUUCCCUCCUAUUCCUCCUUGGUCAAAGCAUGUCUAAGGCUACCUGCCUCUUUGUGAAGGACAUGAUACACAAAUUCAUUUUUGGAAUUAUUUAAAUAAAAGGUAUCUCUGAGUUCAAGGCUGAGACAAUCUUGAGAGAGAUUUCUUUGAGUGGGGGUCUCCCCUGGACUGUCCAACACACACUUGUAACUCUGGAAGUCUACUUACCAGCUACUUACAUGUUUUUGAGCAUCUUCUAAUUAUAGCUUCCCUUCCUACACCAGUUCUUAGUUUUCUAGAUCUAGAAAACCGCUAUUCUACAGGCCACAAAAGACUAGAGCUAUGGGGAAAAAUGUUUCAAAGUCCAGAAGAGUUGACUAGACCCUGUGAAAUCCAAGGCCAGUUCUAAAGAACAAUCAGCAGAAAAGAGAGGACUUUUCAGCAAGCCACUGAAGGAGAAUUUGGCCAUCAGAGUUAGGGGAGAAAAAAAUUUGUAGAAUAUUAACAUUUUCAAGGUACCAGGGAGCUUAAAGGGCCUCAAGUCCAAUAUUGUUACUUUGUAGAGUUAUCAAACAGAUCCUAUGAAGGCAAGAAAAUUACCCUUGCUAUCUCAGAAGCAGUUGCCAGAACCCAGGUCUCCACUCUUGCUGCCCAGAGCCUAUAAUUUAAUAGAGGAAUUUGGCACAUUACCUUCUGGAGACAUUUACUUUCCUAUUUCAAAAGGGGAUAUCAGGGUUAUGAAUGUUUUUAAUAUUGACACCUUUUAGAAAGGUGUCUAUAGUUAUGGCCCAGAAAGAAUUGUCCAGUAUUCAGUCAUGUUAUUAUGAGACCGGUCCAUCCAGGCUUGGAAUUUUUCUGGACUCCAUUAAAGUUACAUUGGUUUUUAAGACAUUUACUUGACUUUCACCACAGCCCAGAGGCAUCAGCAUGAAAGUCCAGACACACAUGCAUUGAAUGUAUCAUGUUUCUUACGAUUCAGACAGUUUUUUAGAAAUUAUACGUAUUCUACUGAGCUACGAAAAGAAGAAAAAUAUCUAGGCAAGAAGGUGCCUUAGUGUCUGUGCUUCUAAAUUGCAGCCGGAGGGCAGCAGUACUGUGUACCCUGACCUGUUAUACUGGUUUGGUGUGCAUGUUUACCUUCUGUGGUGGAAAAAGUAUCUCUGCAUUCAUCAUCGUAAACCAUGCCUGUGAGUGCCUUGAAAUCUUUCUAAAACCCCAAAGAGGACUAACCAGUUUAGGACUGCUCCUUCCCAGUCUAUAGAACUUUCACAGCAUUUUUAAGCAGGAAAAGUGUAAGAAGCUGUUGUUUAACCUGUGUUCCAGAAGGAAGGCUUUCACUAGCUCUAAUUGAUAGGUUGGAACACUUGAAGACCUGAGACAUUUUGGAGUUGAAAUUUACAUAUUAAGGCAACAGGGCGUUUUGGAGUUGGAACUUCCAGAAGCUCUGCUGAAGAGACCUUAUUUUCUAAGAAUAAAUUUGAGCACAUUUGGAGCAAGUAAAAUUGCAGAAAAUGUCAAGGCAUGAAAUCCCAGGUAAAAAGAUGGCUUAUCAGAAGGUCAAUGCAGAUCAAAGAGCUCCAGGACAUUCACAGUAUUUAGACAAUGAUGACCUUCAAGCCACCGCCCUUGACUUAGAGUGGGACAUGGAAAAGGAGCUGGAGGAGCCUGGUUUUGACCAGUUCCAGCUAGAUAGUGCUGAGAAUCAGAACCUGGAGAAUCCAGAGACUGCAGACCUCAAUCUUGAUUCCAUUCAACCAGCAACUUCACCCAAAGGAAGGUUUCAGAGACUUCAAGAAGAGUCUGACUAUGUAACCCGUUAUACAAGAUCUGCACCAAAGAGCAACCCCUGCAAUUUUUGCCGCCUUUUAAAAAUACUUUGCACAGCCACCGUUUUAUUUAUUUUGGGGAUUUUGAUAGGCUAUUAUGCACAUAAAAAUUGCCCUUCAAAUGCUACAACUUCAGGAACGCUUGAUCUUCACUUAUACCAAGAGAUUCUCAAGACAAUCCAAGCAGAAGAUAUUAAGAAGUCUUUCAGAAAUUUGGUACAACUGUAUAAAAGUGAAGAUGACACAGAAAUUUCAAAGAAGAUUAAGAGUCACUGGACUUCCCUGGGCCUAGAAGAUGUACAGUUUGUAAAUUACUCUGUGUUGCUUAAUCUGCCAGGCCCUUCUGCCAGCUCUGUGUCUCUGAGCAGCAGUGGCCAAUGCUUUCAUCCUAAUGGCCAGCCUUGCAGCGAAGAAGCCAGAAAACACAGCGGCCAAGAUCUGCUUUACUCAUAUGCAGCCUAUUCUGCCAAAGGAACUCUCGAGGCUGAACUCAUUGAUGUGAGUUAUGGAAAUGCAGAUGACUUAAAAAGGAUACAAAAAAUGAAAAAUACAACGAAUAAGAUUGCACUCCUGAAAUUAGGAAAAUUGCCAUUACUUUAUAAGCUUUCUUUAUUGGAAAAGGCUGGAUUUGGUGGUGUUCUUCUAUAUAUUGAUCCUUGUGAUUUACCAAAGACUGCAAAUCUUAGCUAUGAUACCUUCAUGGUGUCACUGAACCCAGGAGGAGACCCUUCUACGCCUGGUUAUCCAAGUGUGGAUGGAAGCUUUAGGCAAAACCGAUCAAACCUCACAUCCCUGCUGGUGCAGCCCAUUUCAGCAUCUCUCGUUGCAAAACUGAUCUCUUCACCAAACAGCAGAACCAAAAACAGUAUCUGUAGCCCUCUAGAACUGCCAAACAAUGAUCAGAGAAUUGUCAGCAUGCAAAUUCAGACAGUUACCAAAUUCAAAACAGUUACUAAUGUUGUUGGAUAUUUAAAGGGCUUGACAUCUCCAGAUCGGUAUAUCAUAGUUGGCAGCCGCCAUCACACUGCAUACAGUUAUUAUGGACAAGAAUGGGCCAGCAGCACUGCCAUAAUCACAGCUUUUAUCCGGGCCUUGAUGUUAAGAGUUAAGAGAGGGUGGAGACCAGACCGCACAAUUGUUUUCUGUUCAUGGGGAGGAACAGCUUUUGGCAAUAUUGGCUCAUAUGAAUGGGGAGAGGAUUUCAGGAAGGUUCUGCAGAGAAAUGUUGUGGCUUACAUUAGUCUCCAUAGUCCCAUAAGGGGUAACUCAAGUCUAUAUUCUGUAGCUUCACCAUCUCUUCAGCAACUGGUGGUAGAGAAAAAUAAUUUCAACUGUUCCAGAAGAGCUAAGUGUCAAGAAACCAAUGUCAGUUCUGUACAGAUAGAAGGCGAUGCUGAUUAUUUCAUCAACCAUCUUGGAAUUCCCACCGUGCAGUUUGCCUAUGAGGACAUCACAGCAUUAGAGGGUCCAAGUUUUCUCUCUGAGGCCCUUUUCCUUAAACGUGCAACAAAAAUUGAAGAAAUGGAUCCUUUUUUCCACCUUCAUGAAACCAUUACCAAGCUCUCGGGAGAAGUGAUUUUGCAAAUUGCCAAUGAACCAGUUCUGCCCUUUAAUGCUCUUGAUAUAGCUAUAGAAGUUCAAAACAGUCUUAAAGGUGAUCAACCCUACACUCAUCAACUGCUAGCCUUGGCGUCACGCCUGCGGGAGAGUGCUGAACUCUUCCAGUCAGAUGAAAUGCGUCCUGCUAAUGAUCCCAAGGAGAGAAUUCCAAUCCGUGUCCGAAUGCUGAAUGACAUACUCCAAGACAUGGAGAAAAGCUUCCUGGUAGAGCAAGUGCCACCAGGUUUUUAUAGAAAUAUCCUGUACCACCUUGAUGGGAAGACAAGCCAGUUUUCAAUACUCCUGGAGGCUUGGGAGCACUGCAAGUUACUUUCAUCAAAUGAGACCAUUCAGGAAGCCCUGUCAGAGGUGUUGAACAGCAUUAAUUCAGCUCAGGUUUACUUUAAAGCAGGACUUGAUGUGUUCGACAGUGUCUUGGUUGGAAAGAACUGAGAAAACUCUCAGCAUUUUAAGAAGUUUGUUUACAAUUCCUCAAGCAAAAGCUCUAACCUAACCAGAUUUUCUGACAUUGAAGACUUUCCCCCCAAUGACUUUUUUACAAUUCCAAAGCUAUUAUUACGUUGUAUUUUUAAAUGUACAUAUAAAAGAGCAUUUUGCACAUUUAAUAUUUUCUUAUAUCUACAUCUCUGAAUAUGUAAAAGCAAGUUAUUGAAAUAAUACCUAAGGUUUAUCUAUUAAAAAGAAAUCUGCUGUAUUUUUAUAUAUAUGAAAUAUUUGGGGGGCAAAGUUCCAAGAAGUUCUGGACAAUCUUCAAUUCUAGGGAUAAACCAUGUAGGAACAGAAGUUAUUCCCUAUGAUACAGCUAUUAAUGACCUAGUUUCUGUAAUAGAAAUGGAAAGUUGAUAUGGUUUCAGAUUAACUUCACUAAUAAGUAUUCAAUAUGAAGAAUUCAAGUAUUCCGACUGAAUGAUUGGUCGACCAAAACCACUUUGAAUGUUUCUAUUUUAUGAAAUGAAGUGCCUGUUCAUAAUACAACUAGAUGUAGUAAUACACUGGUUAUGAAAUUGUAUUUUUUUAAGUAUUAAUGAAAAAAAGAGCCAUAAACAUUCCAGGGGAAAAUCUCAAAGUAGCUGCACAGAGCAAUUUAAAUGCAAAUUUUUUCCUAACAACUUAUAAGGUGACUAGCUUUGAAACCCCUAAUUUGCCUCAGUUGAUUUUGUAAAAAUUACAGGAGUGAUAUAUGUCUUAUGAGGGAGAAAAUAUUUCUUAUUUCUUCUUCUGUUCGUUCUGUAGGAAGCACUGAAACCUAGCUACUCUGAAAUGAAAGCAUUUUGCAUUGUUCUUCCUACCUGUAUCUCUUCUGAAACUCCUUCCUGGAAGGCAGUUUUAACAGAAUACCAUGUAAUUUCCACAGGAAAGUAGCAAAGUUUUCUUUGAAAACCCCAACUAUCUUAAAAAGCACCAAACUGCUGUUUCUGCCACUGACACAAAGGACUCACAAUGAAAGAAAUAGCUGUUUGAUCAAUGAAAAACUUCUUAAUUCUGUGAAGAAACUUUUGAUAUUUUUCCUUCUUUAUCCUUCAUUGUGACUAAGAUGCAAAAGUAGAAAAUAUUCAUGCUUCUAAUUUUAUGCAGAAAAUACAGUGUUACUACAAGAGUGUGUCUUUCCCACACUUCGAUUCUUCUCUCAUGUGGAAAAUGAAGUUUUUCAUGUUGACACUGUCAUGGAAUGGCCCUAGCAUCCACUAUUCCCCAAAAGCCUACAAUUCUUUCUAUUGGAUGACAGUUUAAACUGUGAGCUUCUCUUUAGAAAUGUUCUUCUGGUAUUGAAUAAAGCGAUGCCCCCUAGGAAGCAUA